AUGCCUCAACUCAAGCAAAUUCACGCUCAAACGCUACGCACAGUUGACACCAACCACCCACAAGCUCUUUUUCUCUAUACAAGAAUUCUUCUUUACUCCUCUCUGGCUGAUCUCAACUACGCCACUCUUGUGUUUCACCACUUUUCGCACCCCAAUUCCUUCAUGUGGAACACUCUCAUUAGAGCCUACGCGCGAAGCACCAACACCAACUACAAACACAAGGCCAUGGAGCUUUACAAAGCAAUGGUCAUGGUGGAAGAGAAAAACGCAGUUCCCGAUAACCAUACGUUCCCUUUUGUUCUAAAGGCUUGCGCUUACACGUUUUCUCUUUGGGAGGGGAAACAGGUGCAUGCCCACGCUUUGAAACGUGGGUUUGAGUUAGAUACACACGUUUGUAACAGUUUGAUUCAUUUUUAUGCGACAUGUGGCUGCUUAGACUUGGCAGAGAAGAUAUUCUAUAAGAUGAAUGAGAGAAACGAGGUUUCGUGGAAUAUCAUGAUUGAUUCUUACGCAAAGGGUGGAAAGUUUGACACUGCUUUGAAAACGUUUGGAGAGAUGCAGAAAGAGCAUGACCCUGAUGGGUAUACGAUGCAGAGUGUUUUUAGUGCUUGUGCUGGUUUGGGUUCUUUGUCUUUGGGUUUGUGGGCACAUGCUUAUAUUUUGAAAAAGUGUGACAAGAAUAUUGUGGAUGAUGUUUUGGUCAACACUUGUUUGGUGGAUAUGUAUUGCAAAUGUGGGGAGUUGGAAAUUGCAAAGCAAGUUUUUGAAAGCAUGCCUGCAAGAGAUGUAAAUUCAUGGAAUUCAAUUAUCAUGGGUUUUGCAAUGCAUGGUAAGGCUGAGGCUGCGCUGGACUAUUAUGUCAGAAUGGUGAAGGCAGAGAAAAUUGUUCCCAAUUCAAUCACUUUUGUUGGUGUUUUAUGUGCAUGUAACCAUAGAGGCAUGGUUGAUGAGGGUAUUGUGCAUUUUGACUUGAUGACUAAGGAGUACAAUGUGGAACCAAGAUUGGAGCAUUAUGGUUGUCUUGUUGACCUUUUUGCUCGAGCAGGGCGCAUCGAUGAGGCCCUAAACAUGGUCUCAGAAAUGCCAAUCAAACCAGAUGCUGUGAUUUGGAGGAGUCUUUUGGAUGCUUGUUGCAAGCACCAUGCAAGUGUUGAGCUAAGCGAAGAAAUGGUAAAGCAAGUCUUUGAGUCAGAGGGGAGUGAGUGUAGUGGUGUUUAUGUGCUUCUGUCAAAAGUAUAUGCUUCUGCUUGUAGGUGGAAUGAUGUAGGGUUGCUUAGAAAACUAAUGAGUGAUAAGGGUGUGACUAAAGAGCCUGGUUGCAGUCUAAUAGAGAUAGAUGGAGAGGUUCAUGAAUUUUUCUCUGGGGACACCACUCAUCCACAAAGUGAAAAUAUAUACAAGUUUGUGAAUGAAAUUGAGGAGAAGUUACAAUCCAUAGGGUAUUUACCCGACUACUCAGGGGCAACUAUGGUUGAUGAGGCUAAUGAUGGAAAACAGAAUACUCUAAGAUUGCAUAGUGAGAGACUUGCCAUAGCAUUUGGGAUCUUGAACUCAAGGCCAGGCGUGCCAAUCAGAGUGUUUAAAAAUAUUAGGGUGUGCAAUGAUUGCCACAGGGUUUCUAAGUUAAUCUCCAGGAUAUACAAUGUGGAGUUAAUUGUAAGAGAUCGAGCUCGAUUCCAUCACUUUAAAGAUGGAGUUUGUUCUUGUAUGGAUUAUUGGUGA